AAACCCUAAAACUUCAACGCAAAACAAAACGGUGGCGCUUUAUACCUGCAAAACGAAACACAUUAACACCAUUUCACCUUUCAUCAUAGAAUAGAAUCAAUCAAUUAGGGUUUUCAAUUUCGCAAAAAUGGGGAAAAACCAAAAAACCGAGCUAGGUCGUGCCCUCGUAAAACAACACAACCAAAUGAUUCAACAAACAAAGGAAAAAGGAAAAAUCUAUAAGAAGAAGUUUCUUGAAUCGUUCACCGAAGUUUCUGAUAUCGACGCUAUUAUUGAACAAGCUGAUGAAGAUGUCGAUGAACAACAGCUUCUUGAUAUUCCUCUUCCUCCUCCCACUGCGCUUAUCAAUUUGGAUCAUGCGUCUGGAAGUGAUUUUAAUGGUUUGACGGUUGAAGAAAUGAAGAAGGAGCAGAAGAUUGAAGAGGCUUUGCAUGCUAGUAGUCUCAGAGUUCCAAGAAGGCCAUUUUGGAGUGCUGAGAUGUCUGCCGAUGAGCUUCAUGCCAAUGAAACACAACAUUUCUUAACCUGGCGUCGCAGCCUAGCAAGACUUGAGGAAAAUAAGAAGCUCGUCCUUACUCCAUUUGAGAAAAAUCUUGAUAUCUGGAGACAGCUCUGGAGGGUUGUUGAGCGCAGUGAUUUGCUUGUUAUGGUUGUUGAUUCAAGAGAUCCACUGUUCUAUCGCUGUCCUGACCUUGAGGCUUAUGCAAAGGAAGUUGAUGUGCAUAAAAACACAUUGCUUUUGGUUAAUAAGGCAGAUCUUUUACCUGCUUCUGUCAGAGAGAAGUGGGCAGAAUACUUCCGUGCUCAUGAUAUUCUCUUUAUCUUCUGGUCAGCUAAAGCUGCUACGGCAGUUUUGGAAGGCAAAAAGCUCGGUUCAUCACAGGCUGAUAACAUGGCGAGCGCAGAUAACCCAGACACGAAGAUAUAUGGAAGGGAUGAGCUCUUAGCCCGCCUCCAAUCAGAGGCAGAAGCGAUAGUAGACAUGAGAAGAAGUUCAGGCUCCUCUAAAUCCUCAGAUGACAAUGCUUCUGUUAGUUCAUCAUCGAGUCACGUAGUUGUGGGAUUUGUUGGAUAUCCUAAUGUAGGAAAAAGUUCAACUAUCAAUGCACUGGUUGGCCAAAAAAAAACUGGUGUCACCUCUACCCCAGGAAAAACAAAGCACUUUCAGACAUUAAUUAUUUCCGAAAAGCUGAUCCUUUGUGACUGUCCUGGAUUAGUUUUUCCAUCCUUCUCUAGCUCAAGAUAUGAGAUGAUUACUUGUGGGGUGUUGCCAAUUGAUAGGAUGACCCAACACCGGGAGUGUGUCCAAGUUGUCGCUAAUAGAGUCCCGAGACAUGUAAUAGAAGAGAUUUAUAAUAUUAGUCUUCCUAAACCCAAGUCAUACGAGUCCCAGUCCCGCCCUCCUCUAGCAUCUGAACUUUUGAGAACAUAUUGUGCUUCUCGUGGGCAAACUACUUCUAGUGGACUGCCUGAUGAAACCAGAGCUUCUCGUCAGAUACUGAAAGAUUAUAUUGAUGGGAAGCUGCCUCACUAUGAAAUGCCGCCUGGCUUGUCAACUCAGGAAUUAGCUUCAGAAGAUUCCAAUGAACACGACCAAGUUAAUCCACACGUGUCAGAUGCAUCUGAUAUUGAAGAUUCUUCUGUUGUUGAGACUGAACUUGCACCAAAACUUGAACACGUAUUGGACGACCUUAGUUCAUUUGACAUGGCUAAUGGUCUUGCUUCAAAUAAAGUUGCACCUAAGAAGACCAAGGAAUCUCAGAAGCAUCAUAGAAAGCCCCCGAGGACAAAAAACCGUUCAUGGAGAGCGGGGAAUGCAGGGAAGGAUGAUACUGAUGGGAUGCCAAUUGCAAGAUUCCAUCAGAAACCAGUAAAUUCAGGUCCUCUGAAGGUUUGAUAAGGUCAUACUACUGUCUGGUAUAUGUGCAAUAACUUGUCUGUUAGACCCAUACGUACAUACUUUCUCUGAGGUGAGCCACGUAUAAUUUUUGCAAGGCAUUGCGGGAAUUGAUCACGCAGGCUAUCACUCUGAAGCUCGCCUCGUAAGAGGAAAAAAGGUAUUUGGGAAAAUAUUGUAUUUGCAACGUUUAGUUAUUGUUCUGAUUGUUGGGAUGAAAGUGAUGUAAUAUGAUUGGAAAACAAGUUACCUUGAUUAUCCAGAUUUAAGUGCCCAUGCUUUCUUAUGUUUGUAUGUUAUCAAGAAUAACCGAAACGGUUGAUUUAGCAGUAUUUUUAUUUUAUUUCA